UUUUUUUUUUUUUUUUUUUUUUUUUACUGUGCUCGUCAUGCCAGAACAAAAGAGUUCGUUAAAGUCUAUCUUUAAAGCACCACCACCACCUAUUCGGGAUUUGGUGUUGAGUGAAAUGGAAAACAGUCUUAUAAAAGACAAAGCAAAACCCAAUGAUGCUUCGUUCGAUGUUAUGGCACUUCUCUCUAAAAUCAAGAACAAACCGAUGGAAUCUCGACAUACACCUGUAUCACCUGAAUCUAUAGCAGCAUCCUCACCAUCCAAAUUAGACACAAAAGCUUCCUCUAUGUUAUCUUUUUUAGACCAAUAUCAUGCAUCUUAUACACAAAACAUCAAACUGGAAACACAUACACUCAUAAAUCAUGCUAUACCACAUCACCAAGACGUUCAUGAACCACCUAAACAACAGCAACAAUCACAACAGCAACAAUCACAACAGCAACAAUCACAACAGCAACAAUCACAACAGCAACAACCACAAAAGCCUAAAGGACACAAACUUUCACCUUAUCAUGCUGAAGAAUCCAAGAAACCCAAAAAUAAAAAAAGAAAAAGACACAAAAUAAAAAUAAGCAACCCAAAACGUUUGUUCCCAAGGUUCCCUGUAAAUUUUAUAUGCAAGGCCUUUGCAAAGAGUACAGUCGUGGCACCGCCUAUACCUAAGAAAUCAAAAAUCGUUUGCCAAUUCUUCAAGACAGGUUCCUGUAGUAAAUUUGAAGACUGUGAAUUCUCGCAUGAUUUGUCUAUAGAACCGUGUCGAUUUUAUUUUUUGAAUGGAAAGUGUAACAACAACGCAUGUCCAUAUUCGCAUGCACCAUUGACUGAAAAGACAAGGCAAAUGCUUCAAUCCUUGACAGGUCCUUGUCGAUUUUAUUUCCUUAAAGGGUUUUGUAAUAAUGGUGAUUUAUGCAAUUUCAGCCACGAUACAUGUUCAGAACAAGAUAGAAUACGCUUAGAACAAGAAAUCACACCUUGCAAGUAUUAUUUCUCUACAGGCCAUUGUCCAAAAGGUGAUGAUUGCUUUUAUGGACAUGAAGAAGUACGUGAUAAAGUGAAAUAAAAAAAAAACCCCCCACCCUUUUAAAUGUCCG